GUUUAUAAAUGUAUUAAUGUUUCAUUCAUGUUUCAUGUAUUUUAAGUGAUAUAUUUAUUUUGUGUUGUGUGUGUCCAUGAUGGAAAUUUCGAAUAGUUUCCCUAGCACUAGUCAACAAAUAUUGCAGGCACCGCAAUGUACACCUAGAUUAACAUUUACUAUAGAUAAGGAACGGUUGGAUGAUGAUAUUAACACAUAUUCUCAAGAUAUAAUAUCUGUAACUUGGAAUGUAUUUGGAGUAUCAACGUUGUUUGGAUUUCAAUAUGACGAUAAAACUAUUCUUAAAUUAUAUGGAAAACGAUUAAGAGAAGAAAUAGCAACUAAUUUAUCACAUGAAAAUGUAACAUAUAAUGCUAAUAUUUCUAUUCUAGGAGAUACAACAACAAAUCAACCUUCAAUAAAGGUUGAAGUUUUCGCAAAGAAAUCAGAUAAAGAUGAACAAAAAAGUAUUUAUAAAGGAUUUUUUCUAUCAUGGAAGAAAAAUGAUAUAAGUAACAACAAUACAACUAGAUUUCCAUUAUUGUUAUGUCGUGGUAGUCGUCCGUGUAUGAACAUUGUACAUUCCACUUUUAAUCGCAUGUUUGAUUGUCUUAUAAUUAAAUUACCUAUCGAGGAAGAUGAUUUGAUUUGGUUACUUGCAAUUAUAAUCGUACCUGUUAAUGACAAUGACAAUUUAAAUAAAAACAAGGAUGUUACAUUAGAAUUUAAAGUACCUGGAUUACCGAUUAAUAAUACGAUUAGUGUUCUAUUUAAAAUUUUAGAUCUGAUUAAUAUUUUAAAUGCUAUAAUAGAAAAUCAAAGUGAUCAAAUGGAAACGGAUAUAUCAGAGUUGACUAUUGAACAAAUUCAAAGAUUUCGUAAGUGUUUAUACACUCAAAUAAAAAACAUUGCUGGAUUAGAAUUAGGAUUAUGCAGUUUGCACAGAAUUAGUUUACCAGCUGCAACUAUAAUGGGUAACAAGAUGAAGAUAAUGGACCCAUAUUGUCAAAAGCGUAUUUUAUCAUAUAUGAUGGAGAAAUCUGUAGACAUGUUUCAUGCAUUUUUAUAACAAUUGAUUUUAGUAUGUGUAAUAUGUUUAUUCUUUCUUUUAUUUCUUUUUAAUAUUCUUUAUA